AACGGUGCGCUCAAUGCAGACAUUGUAUGUAUAAAACCAUAACAACAAUACAGUCAAUAGUCUAUGACUUGAAGAUCACAACAUAAAUGAGUUAACAAUUAAUAACAAAAGCGAUUAUGUUUUGAAUGAAUCACUGAAUCAAUGAAUUUGUUUGACUCAAGAGUCAAGAAGUGGUGACCACUGAAAUGCCACACGAGUUGUACAGAUUGUCUGAGGGAUGGUUAGAGUUGGAGUCGGAUCCCGGAUUGUUUACAUUACUUCUUGAAGAUUUUGGAUGCAAAGGCAUUCAAGUGGAGGAGAUCUACGAUUUGGCCAAACCUAUUGAGGGAACGGUAUUUGGAUUCAUAUUUCUAUUCAAAUGGGUUGAAGAACAACGACGUGGAAGAUGGCGGAUGAGAGCCGAACAAAACGGGUCUGCAGUCGGUUCACAGACACCCGACGUCAUCGAAAAUGAAGAACUGGUAAAUCAAAUGUUUUUUGCACAACAAAUGGUUCCCAACUCUUGUGCCACUCAUGCCUUGUUGUCAGUACUUCUCAAUUGUCCACACAUUCAGUUGGGAUCAGUUUUGCAUAGAUUUCAGAAAGACACUCAGUUUAUGAGUCCCGAAAAUAAAGGUUAUGCAAUCGGUAACUGUCCCGAACUGGCCAGAGCUCAUAACUCUCAUGCGGCCCAUUGUCACGAUAUAUCGAGUGAGAAUCGGUUCGGUUCUUCAUCGAGACAGACAAACCUAACGGCCACUCAACGGUCACAAAGUAUUGAUGCUUUUCAUUUUGCUUCUUACGUACCGAUUAAUGGUCGACUCAUUGAAUUGGAUGGUCUAAAGCGUUGGCCUAUAGAUCACGGAUCCAUUGAAGACGAGUAUUGGACUGAAAAAUUUCGGCGAGUUAUCAGACAAAGACUUGAAAGAGAGACACAACCCUCUGAAGGCAAUGACAUUCGCUAUAAUCUAAUGGCUGUCGUUCCCGACAAACGCGUCAAUUAUUUAACUAAAUUAAAUAUUUUGAAAACUAAUCGACACAUUGUUUUAGAAGCGCUUCAAGAAAUAACACGACCCACACGAUUACCCACACCUCUUGAUUAUCAUAAUUACUCUAAAUAUCCAGAGAUUGAUAUUAAGCCACAAAAUGAAUUUUUAGAAGAUAAUAAUAAAACUAAUGGUAAUCAUAAUAAUCAAAAUAUCAAUUACCAGAUUAAUGAUACCAUCGAUAAUAUGGAUAAUAAUUCAAAUGAAAUACGAGAACCGUUAACGAUAUCUAUCAAUGAAGAGAAUGUCAGAAAUGAUUUACGUCUUCCUUUAUCUAUUCAAACAUCAAUAUCUCCGACUCCUAGUUCAUCGUCGAGUACCGACACUUCUUCAGAAAUUGGUUCUGCAUUUAAUUCGCCUAAUAAUACGAGUUGUGAUAAUUUGGAUGAAAGAAUUAACCAAAUGUUUGUUUGCAAACUAUUUAAUAAUCGCAAAUCAAAGUCUGAUCAGUCGCCAGUAUUUAAUGAACACCCAAUAAAGUCACCAUCGAAUCAUAAUUCACAACCAUUACCAUCACUUCCAUCACCUUCAGUCACAUGCAUUACAAAUCAUUCAUCCUCAUCGUCAUUAGUUUCACCAAAUCUAAGUCUUACAACACCAUCGAAGGCAUUUACAGCUGUAGAUUUGGUAGCACUUCUCAAAAAUCUUGAGGUCGACAUACAGUCUACAGAAACUAAUCUAAAGGAAGAGUUAGAAAAGCGUCGCAAAUAUCGUAUCGACGACUCGCGACGGACUCAUAAUUACGACACAUUUAUUACAACAUUUCUAACAAUGCUCGCAGAAAGAGGUCAAUUGGCUGAUCUGAUUGAACGAGAUUUAGGAGUCAAUACAUCCAUUUCCAACUGUACACCUAAUGAACAAAAACGUCUUAAUUCAACACAAGUUGUACCACAGACUCUAAUUACUUCAAUUAAAUCAUCGAUGAGUAAUAAUAAUAGUAAUAAUAUUAGUAAUAAUAAUAAUAUAAUUUGA